AUUCGAAUGGCGAAAACCUCACCGAACCUCUAUGCGUAUAUAUCGAUCAAAACGAAAUUUUAUAUCGCGCUGCGGCUUCCGCAAGGCGGCUCGUCGAGCCUCAGGGCACGCUGCAAAAUUACGCCCCUUCACAAGUGCCGUUUGCGCUAAACGCGAAUUCAACCGUUCGACAGCUGCGGCUUCUUCGCGCGAGUAUCCUCGUCUGCACGUGAAGAGUGCUUCGGGCAUCGUAACUUUCGCUCCGCUCGCUCGCGGCCCGCACGGCUUUUCCUUCGCCGAAGAAAGAAAUUUCUCUCCAAAGCGCUCGGCGUGAGAUACGAGUAUCGUCCGCGCUUCCAUCACGCUGAGAACCGGCUGUAUUGUCGAAGGAAGAAAGAGACUGUUCAAGACCGUUGUAACAAGUUUACGUCCGUCUGUGAAUAGGUAAGAAAAGAAUGGCCCGUGGACAGCAAAAAAUACAAUCUCAAGCCAAGGCAGCUGAGAAAAGUGCGAAACUAAAAAAGCAGCAAGGACAUAGCGCCAAUGAUCAGAAAAAGGCAGCACAGAAAGCACUUGUACAUGUGUGUUCUGUAUGCAAGGCUCAGAUGCCAGAUCCUAAAACGUACAAGCAACACUUUGAGAAUAAACAUCCCAAGAAUGGUUUACCGGACGAUUUAAAGAAUAUAUGAGGGUAUACAAAUUGUUGUAAACUGUGGGGAUCUUGGAUGCAAACGCAGAGAAAAAUUGCUGCAAUUGACAAAGUGAUAUAGUUCAACAUUCAUUUGAUCUGAUCAUUGCAUAGUUCCAGAAAAUGAAUUAUACCUUGUUAGUGUUUUAACUAAUAUAUUGCAAUUGAAAUUGUUAUGCACAACUCAGAAUAAUAGGCAAUUAAUCAUUUAUUUGUAGAAAUUAA